AUGUUCAGAUACAGUGGUUCCUGGUCCAAGAUCCUAGAUGACAGGGCCAGCGCAAUGUUGGCAGAAGGCGCCGCAAGGAUUGCCGAUGUGUGUCGCCUCUUGCAGGACAAUGCCGAUGUUGCCAGCCUCUGGGGAGAUUUCCAACGUUUUGCCGAGCAGCUACGGCAAAGCAGCAAGAUGGAUCGGUUGACUCUUGCGUGUGAGCUGCACACGGCUGUGAGUCUGGAGACGCUGACGCCCAGCAUCCACUUCCAUCUCAUGUUUGACUCCAGACAGACAGUGACGCUGCUGAAGCCCAGUCUGUCGUUUCGUGGUGCCGUUCCGCAUCAAUCUGUGGAGUGCAAGCAAGCCCGUGGGCAAGCUUGCCGAAAGGCAUACGACCAGGGGCACUACUACCUGCAGGUGCCAAAGACUGGCUCCAUUCAUAUGACGACGACAGCAGCAGCCUUCACCACCUUCCCUGUUGCGCCGGAUUGGAUCACCAACUUAUGGCAGGCCUGUAAAAUCACGGAGCAGGUUGCGGAGCAGGAGUACUUGCGCUGCAAGAAACACGUGAAAGCCUACUUAGACAACAUGAAGUUCCAUGCCCAGUGCGUGCAGACACAGGCCGUCCAAGUGCGGAAGGCACAAAAUCUCCAGAAUCUUCAGCCGCUCAUGAAGAAGGCCGUCGUGCUCGAGCAGGUCCAGCGCGACUUCCUUCCUCAGUUCGCCCGACCCAUGUUCAGAAGGAGCUUUUUAGUGUUAAAUGGGCCGACGCGGCUUGGCAAAACGAUCUAUGCCCGGAGUCUCUUCGGUCAUCGCGAGACGUUAGAACUCAACUGCUGUGGAGUGAGUCAGCCUGACUUGCGUGCCUUUGACAAUUUGCUGCAUCGCGCCAUCUUGUAUGACGAAGCUUCGACGGCCAUGGUGCUCAGCAACCGUCGCCUUUUCCAGGGAUCUACCGAAGAGGUCACGCUCGCUCACUUUGGAACAAACAUGUUCACCUACAGUGUGUACGUCUACAACGUCGCCAUGAUCCUGACAUCGAACUCUUGGCUACGUGAGCUGGAGGAAUUGCCGACAGAGGAGCGCGACUGGCUCGAAGGUAAUUCAAUUUGUAUAGAUUGCACGCAGCCGCUUUAUGAGACGUAA